CACUCCCUCUAAUCUCUCCACCCCUCUGUCCGUGUUGUUUUCCUCAGAGUUGGCCCAUGCGAGCAGCGUGUGGACUGAGUGCAGCUGUUUCGUUCAGAGCAGAGCCCAACAUGUGAGAAGAUGUCCGUUGGAGGUUGUGCUUGUCCCGGCUGUUCGUCAAAGUCAUUCAAGCUGUACUCUCCUAAGGAGCCCCCCAACGGCGGCAGCUUUCCCCCCUUCCACCCAGGCGCUAUGCUGGACAGAGAUGUGGGGCCUACACCCAUGUACCCCCCAUCAUACAUGGAGCCUGGAAUUGGGAGACCCACACCAUACGGCAACCAAACAGAUUACCGGAUAUAUGAGCUGAACAAAAGGCUACAGAAUUGGACAGAGGACUGUGACAAUCUCUGGUGGGAUGCCUUCACCACAGAGUUCUUUGAGGAUGACGCAAUGCUCACAAUCACUUUCUGUCUGGAAGAUGGACCCAAGCGAUACACCAUCGGCAGGACGUUGAUCCCGCGAUACUUUCGAAGUAUUUUCGAGGGGGGUGCCACUGAGCUGUUCUAUGUUUUGAAGCACCCAAAGGAGUCCUUCCACAGUAACUUUGUCUCUCUCGACUGUGACCAGUGCACCAUGGUGACUCAGAAUGGCAAACCCAUGUUCACACAGGUUUGUGUGGAGGGCCGCCUGUACCUAGAGUUCAUGUUUGAUGACAUGAUGAGGAUCAAGACGUGGCAUUUCAGCAUCAGACAACACAGAGAGGUCCUACCAAGGAGCAUUUUGGCUAUGCAUGAUCCACAAAUGCUCGAUCAGUUGGCUAAAAAUAUCACCAGAUGUGGGCUGUCCAACUCCACACUCAACUACCUCCGUCUAUGUGUGAUAUUGGAGCCCAUGCAAGAGUUGAUGUCAAGGCAUAAGACUUAUAGCUUGAGCCCCAGAGACUGCCUGAAGACUUGCCUCUUCCAAAAGUGGCAAAGAAUGGUAGCACCUCCAGCUGAGCCAGCCAGACAAGCCCCAAACAAGCGACGGAAAAGAAAGGUGUCCGGUGGAAGCACCGUGAGCUCCGGCGCAGGCACCAAUAACAACAGCAACAGCAAAAAGAAGAGUCCAGCCAACAGCUUCUCUCUCUCCAGCCAGGUACCUGACCUGGUUGGAACAAAAACCUGUACAGUGCCGGAGCUUGAGGACCGGAGUUGAGAACCACUACGCUAAAUCUUAAUCAACACACACUCUCACACACACACACACACAAACACACACACACAAACACACAAACACAAACACACAUACAAACACACAUACAAACACUGUCACAUACAUCCAGACCAGUGCACACACUAACACACACACAAACACACACUCACCUACACUUGCAGCAUUAAACAUUGAGGUACAGGAGAGAGGUGGUACGCAGCAUGUCUGGACCAGAGCACCAGAUGCUACAGAAGUGUGUUUUUUCAUUUUCUAUGUUUUAGACUUGUUUUGAAUUGUUUUUAUUUUUGUAAACAAUUUCUAAAAAAUAAACAGACAAGCAAGCAAACAAAAACACCCCAGAAUAUUCUUUGCACUGUUUUCCACUAUUAACUCCAAUCUAUUUUUCUUAUGAAUUGACGGUGUAUUUUGUUUUCUAUUAUUGCUAAUGUAAGAACUGUAAAACAUCUGAAACCUGCAGUAUAUUAAUGUAUACGUAUUGCUGUUAGAUCAUUCUUAUUGUGAUGGUAAUAACUUCCAUGUAAGUCUGUGCUUAAUAUAAUGUCAUCCAUCCGUGUCAGCCAUCACGCUGUCAUCAGGUCCAUUGGGUUCAGUGCUAGAAAACCAGUUGGGGAGAACAAGGCUAGUGUUUUAAUGCUGUACUCCAUCUUGUUUGAUGUGAGUCCAAAGCAGCACACUGGAAACAUUUCCCCCACUAGAUUUCCAUUGGGUGCCUGUUCUGUAUCUGUUGACUUGUCAUUGCAGAACUGUUUGCUUUGUCUUGAAAUCUCUAUCUGGGGGACCUCUCUUCAGAGAACAUAACAGAAAACUUCUCAAAUUUGCUACUCAAAAAUAUUUUAAAAACAAGUUUUGACAGGAUUGUAAAAUAAGAAAAAAAAAGACUUUUGUAUUAACUUAAGUUUCCCAGAAAUGUUUUUAAUCACAAUUAAGAAAGCUGCAGACCAAGGAGCUACAUGUAAAGAUUCUUUAGAUAUUGAUUACACUGUGCUGUUUGUUUUAUGAUGAAUCAUUUUGUUGGCUUUACUCCUCAUAUUUGUGUCUGUGCUUGUAUAUUUUUAGGUAGUAAUUUCUGUAAAAGUCAUUCUAUGUAUUCCUCCCUAGAAUUAUGACAAACCCAAUCUAAUGUAAAGAGAUUAAAAGCCUCUUAAAAGUUUUUUUGUUUUUUUUUAUGUGAUUUUUUUUUUUUAAUGGUGCAAUCACUGAUAAAAUAAUUUUGCCCUCAUUUUAGCAAACUGUAUUUAUUUUUCUAUGUACUGACGUUCUGUUUAGGUCCAACCCACCUGUACUAUACUCAUGAUGAUAUAUGUAGAAGUUUGUUGGGCUGCUGAGUCAGUUAAUGCUGACACAGGUCAUUCCAUUACUUUUGUUUUUUGACAUGUGGCUCCAAGUUCUGGCCAGUUCUUUACAAUGGUUCAGUAUGUUCACAUUAAAGAGACAUUUAUUGGCGGUUUUCUUUUGUUUUAGAUAACUGGUCUACCUAAAAAUCAAUAAAUAACCACAUUUAGAGAAAGUGUUGAUCAUGAUGUCAUCCUUAUUUUUCUGUUAUGUUGCUUAAUUUUAUAGCAAGUCCACAGAUGCUGGGCAUAUUCCACAAUGGCGCAAUCAAAAUUUGAUCUGGUUUCCCUGAACCCUUAAUGAUUUUUGUGGUUUUCUUUGCUUCUUUCCAAAAACAUUUCAAAUCUGUAUCCAAUGACUGAUAAAUGCAAAGUAAUUUUUCAUUAAUGGAAAUAUGCUGACCAUUGCAAUGACAUAAGGAGGGGACACUCUGAGCUUGGCCUUUAGCUGCUGUGGCAGGUUUCCUGUUUUCUUAUAUGAUGGGCUUCAACAUCACCUAGUUAUUGGAUAGGAAUUUCCAAACUGGCCCAGCAGGGGUCUCCCAAAGCACCAGGACAGACUGAGCUGUCAGACAUUCUCCACCAUAAUAUCUGACAGAAAAGCUGUUUGUAAAUCUACACCGAGCUGCAGGCUUUUUGUUUUUGUCUCCAGCAGCCAUUGUCUACUUUUGUGGCGUAUCGACACAGAAUGAACCAAGGGGGAACUUUUCAACACCCUGUUUUUCCUAAGUUUACAUAAUUUAGGGAAUAAGGGGUUUGUGAAAUGUAAGACAAAGCUGAAAUGGCGAUUCACCGAUAGCUGGCUCCUGUAGCACCUCACCAUAGGGGUGAUUUUAUAUCUAUAUUUUUUGCCAGGUUUCUGUCAUUGAUAAUUCAUGUAUGGUAUCAAUAAAGAUGAAUUU